ACGCGCAGUCUUCUUCAGAAUUCCCUGAUCACGUUCCAGGCAGCUGAGAGCCCGCGUACUAGCCGGACAGGAGGCGACAGCGACACCGCGAGACGUGCCAUCAUGUUGGAAGGAAAGGCGGUGGUGGAGGACACCGACAUGCCGGCGAAGAUGCAAGCCCAGGCGAUGUCGGCGGCGUCCAGGGCCCUGGAUCGCUUCGACGUCCUCGACUGCCGGAGCAUCGCGUCCCACAUCAAGAAGGAGUUUGACGCGAUCCAUGGCCCCGGAUGGCAAUGCGUGGUUGGCUCCGGCUUCGGCUGCUACAUCACGCACAGCAAGGGGAGCUUCAUCUACUUCCGCCUGGAGUCGCUCAGGUUCCUCGUCUUCAAAGGGGCGGCAGCAUGAUGACAAGCCCCACGGCUAACAUCGCGAGUUCACGACCAGGCAAAGCAGGUGGAGGAUGGGUUUUUUUUUCACCGGCCUUUGUGGACGGCUUGCCUCGCUGUAUACGAUAUCACCAUGGUAAUACCAACCAGUAGAUUGAAACGUUGUGGGAGAUUAUAUUGGAAACAAUGGAAUUUCAUCACUUGUCAAA